AUGACUGGCCAACCCCGCCAGCAGUACCUCCCCAGGUUGCACAUCCCGCCCAGCCUCACCGCACAGCAGCCUAUCAACUUCGACAACCAUGGGCCUCUCUUCUCCCCUGCUCUCCCGACUUCUCUUCAACACGGAAUGCACCCGCCGCCCUAUCUGAACACGGCGAACGCGCUGCAAACCCCGAUGCAGGCCAACUUCUUCCCUCAACCACCGCCUGCACCCGGCCGGCCGUCAAUGCACCGAAGUCAAUCGAGUGCUGCACACUUCGUAGCUGCAGGCAUGUUCCCUCCACCUAUGCCAAUGACGCCGUUGGGUCCAGCGGGCUUCCCAACACCAUUGCUGGGAGUGCCACCGUUCCCACAGCCCUUCGUUCCUCGCAGCAAGCGCGCGCCGAGUGUCAGUGCAGGAGGGCCUCCAAAAGCCGUGCUCGGAGGGCCGUUGCGCAAGGUCAGCCCGAACCCGGGCGGCCCCAUCGCAGCGUCGCCUGCGCCGACGACGACAACGAAGGUGAAGAAGCAUAUCGUGAACCUCCCGAAGGAGACGGUGCCGGGCGAGGGCCAUGCGCCACCGAAGCGUCAAACAUGGGCCAGGAAACCUCUCCUACCGUCAGAGGUCCCUCAGGUAGGCGAGCUGGCAUACCCUGAUCUACAGACGGCGGAGCCGUACCCGCCAGACAACUGGAGAUACCAUCUACCAAGCACAGUUGAUGUCUUCCUUCCUGGGAAGGCUGGUUGGACAGAGAUUAAGCAGAAGAUCAUCGAGGAGAAGCUGGAGAGACUCGGCGUUGAGCGAGGCGCAGGUGGCUCUGUGCCUCAGAUUCAUGCCCCGCAUGCUCGGGCUGCGUCAAUCUCCUCGCCCGCCGAUCCUGCGCUGCUCAUGUUCAAAUUAAACAAGCUGCAGCAAUCGCAGAAUGCGUCUGCGUCAGCGUCGUUGGCAACCUCGCCGCAGCCCCCAGCAGCUUUUUCAUCGACGUCUCCGGGCCAGUUGCCGCCGCGCUUCCAGGGAGGCAGGCAUGGGCAUAGUAUGUCCCUUGCACAGCCACCGUCAUUCCAAACACAUUCGCCCGUAUACAAUCCUGCAGCAGCGUUCAACCCGUUUGGGCCAGGUGCGAUCUUGGGUUCCGAUCAGAUCCAACGCGUGUCUCCAGGUCCUGCGAAGUUGGACAUACAGGCUCCACAGGGACGCGUUCCAGCGAACUUGGCGACGCUCGCGCCUCCUCCGGUGCUCUCCAGGCCAGAAACUCGACCGGACUUUAUGCGUGGUUUUGGGGUGAACAUCCCGGAAGAAGAGGAACCGGAAGAGGAACGUCCGCCGCCCGUAGAGAUUCGCGAAGACGGUGUCGAGACGGAGGUAGAAGACGCCGGCAAUGAUGAGGAAGAUCAAGACGAUGUCAGCACUGUGGCCCAGAGUCGAAUCCAUUCGCGGCAUGUAUCGAAGCUUUCGGCGGCAUUGUCAUUGCGCUCGGUGGGCGGGAUCAUCGAUGAUGGGUCGUCUACCUUCAUGGAGGCCAAGCACGACCCGGUACCCGCUCGCAGCCCGGAUGGCAGUCCUAUGGUAGAGGAUGUGGAUGAGUAUAUGGAUCACGAUCAGGAGGCGGUCGGUGAGUGGACUGGAUCGGAGGACUUGCGCACUGGUGCAGAGACCUCGGAAGACGAGAGUAUUGGGGAAUGGUCGAACCCAUCCGACGAAGAGCGGGCGCGUCAAGACCGCGUGCAACGCCGCACACUUCGUCGUCAGAGACGGCACUCACAGCAUGAGCUUGAGACGCAUACACCGAGGAGAUUACCCAACUUCCCGAGACCACCCGAUAUCGCGCCUACAUUUGUUGACCAAGAUGACAUUGUGUCGAACCCCAGCGAAGACGAGAAUGCGCGCGGUCCGUUCAGCUUUGGCGCUCGGAGCCAUUUCCCAAGGCCUUCGUCUAGUGGCCAUGGGCGACCCUUGCCUCCUCUCCCGGAAGCACGCCCUGGAUCGGCACCGUACUCGUAUCACGACCCUGCUUUGGCGCAUUCGAGAGAAGCAUCCGAGCAGUACCCGCAGCCUGGAGGCUUGCACCCUCCUCCUGCACUGCCUGCACCUUCUUCUGCUUCUGUACUCCGCACGGAAUCACUGAACCCCUUGGCGAAGCCCUUCGUCUUCGGUACCAACCGACAGUCUGGCUCUUCUUGGUCUUCAACUUCGUUCCAGCCACCGGCAAUCGUGACGUCGAAUAUGGCCACUAUGGGCCACGCUCGCGCGCCGUCGUUCGGCAAGCCUCUCAGUGCUGCCGCCCCGGAGUUCAGACCGAGCUUCACGUUCCGCCCGCCCCCUGGUGUACCGCAACUCACGUUCUCGUCUCCGCAAGCACCACGGCCUCUGCCGACACCGCCCGAUGUAGUUACUGCGACUCCGAGCAAGGUCGCGACUAAUCGGGAUGCGCAGGGCAGAGAAAAGAGGCAGCGCCGCGGGUCGAGCGUUACGCUCGACGGAGAGGACGAGGAUGGCGUCCAUAAUAUGUCGUCUUUCAAGUUCCCUCCGGACAUCACCAAAGCAGUCUCUGCGCCUACUAGCCCUCCUGCUAGUUCCUUGGGUCUCAGGGAUGGUGGCCUCAAUGUUGCCGCGAAGCCCUUCACCGUGUCUGGCUACUCCGGCACCCUUGGUUUGGCCCACCAGCCGAGGGCCUUUACCGAGGGCGAUGAGAAUAUGCCUCCUCAGGCUGGUCCGAGCAGCGAGCCAGAGGCUGCGCACGACCUGCCGUUCCCGCCGACGAUGAAGCCGAAGCGCGCUCCAAUUCCUCUCGACUUCAAGCACCCCGUUUCGACGAACACGGUACCGGCAGGUUUGUUCAAAGCACUAGUCAACACCGAGCAGGAUGACCGAACCCGUCGCACAGUCCGUUCCAGACUCAGCUCGAGAGAUAUCUUCGAGCAUAGUCCCCGACCCUCGCUGGACGACCUCAACGUACCUCCAAUUUCCCACAGAAUAUCUCGCAACCGACUGUUCACGGACCCUGGCUUGCGCGAGCCAACUCCGCCACACGAUAUCUUCACGCCCGAGAGAAUUGUGCGUCGUUCGUCUGCGCCAACGAGACAUCACCAUGGCAGCGAUGACGAGUUUGACUCCGGAUCCGACGUCUCCCUGCCUCCUGUCAACCUCUCACGACGCAUCGAAAUGCAGCAGUACGAACAGCGCCUCGAGUACCUGCUGGAAGAGAAGUUCGACAUCGUCAGGCGUACCCUUUCGGAAGUGAAGGAGGCUGGUGGCCAGACGUUGAGUCCGUCGACAGAGGCCAUGAUCUCUGAGGUGGUGUCGUUGUUCCGCGCUCAACUGCAGGCGUCUGCGGCAAGGGGUCUUGAGGACAGCCAGAUGGAUGCUCGGGGCGAGCUCGAUUUCGAGAUGAUGAAGGGUAUUAUUGACCAGAAACAUGCCGAGUCGCGUGCCCUCAUGCAGCAAGAUCUCGCGCAACUGCUUGCUGCCCGGGGCCGAGAUCCCGUAUUUAUGCAGUUUGUGGAAGAGUUGAGCAACAGGACCGUAAACGCUGUCGCCGGGGCUACCUCGCAGCUUAGCAUGCAGCUGCAGGCCAUGGAGGCCAAUCGACCACCGUCGGACAGCCAGACGAUCGCACACGAGCUCAUGCGCGUGUUGAUGCCGCAGAUCGCCUCGCUCCGCCCUGAACCGAUCGACUAUGAAAGCCUCACCGGGCAGCUCACGCAGGCUGUCAAACCUCACAUUUCACAACUCAUCGACCUCGCCUCGGACAAGCGUGAAACGGCUGGCCUCAUCGUAGACAAGCUCCGACCGCUCCUGCCAUCCCUUGCUUCCCCCACACCAGCGAUCGACGAGGAAUCUAUUGUCGGACGCCUUACCACCGAAGUCCGGAAGAUCGUCGCACCCCUCGAUGCGCACGAGAUCAAGGAGCAGGUCUCCGAUCUGGUGGUGGAACGUCUCGAUUCUCGGCUUGCUGUUCGGGACCGUGCAUUCAAUAUCGACGCGCUGACAGACAAAGUCACCCAAAGCAUCGCCGAGGUCCUGACACCCAUCCGCGAGCUCCAAGCAGUGGUCAAUACGCUUGGACGCACGACCCCUCAAGUUGGGCCCAUGCCUCAGGUGGAUCUGUCGUCUGUGCGUCAAGAUAUACUGGGUAUUCUCUCCGACCUUCCCCAGCAACUGAACGCCGCGACGGAGGCGCUUGGCAGCGCUCAAGCGGAAUUCAAGACUCGGACAGGCAAAGCUGAGCAGGACAUGCCGUACGGCAAGAAUCUAUCGCAUAUAGAGUCUUCUGUGCGCGACGUCGCCCGCGAGCAGCAGCGCCUCAUUUCUCAGACGCAAGAAUUCUCGGACUUCUGCCAGGAUAUCGUCAAGCACAUCAACACUUUGCCGGAGGCCAUGCUCGAGGCCACGAGGAUCUUGCACAAUGCUCACGCCGACUUCACUUCCCGCGACACGUCACAGAAAGACGCAGAGGAGAUCCGCCGACUCAUGACGACCAGUGCUGAACUGCAAGUGCAGCUCGCCAAAGCUCGUGGCCAGCACGGGCAGGUCCGCGUGGAGAAGGACAUGCUGGCCGAGCGUCUGAAGGCUGCUGAUGCCGAACGCGACCAACUGUCCGCGAAAGUGGAUGACUUGCAGGGGAGUGUUACCGCCAGGACGUUCGAGCUUACGGCCGCGGAGGCCAAGAAUCUCGAGCUUGAGGAGGCCCUGGCUCGUGCUCUUGAACGCCUGAAGACUGCCGACGUGCAGGCGCAGACAGACUCCCGGCGCAUCGCUCAGUUCGAGGCGUCUAAUAAGGAACUCACCAACGAGAAACAGCAGCUCAAGGCACAGGUUGACUCGCUUGACUUGCGCGUUACCUUUGUCACGCGCGAGAAGGAUAUCGUAGCCGAUGAGUUGGCGACGCAACACAGGCAAUAUUCGGAUCUGAUUGCGCAGCAGAACAACUGGGAGGACCUCCGUACAGCGGCGGAGCAGAUCCAAGCACUUACCAACCUUGUCGGCCAGGCAGAUACCGAGGAGCUCAAGGAGUUGCGUCGUAUUCGUGAUCGCAGCAAGACCAUCGAGAGCGAGCACGCAGCUCUUCAGCGCCGCGUCAAAGAGUAUGAGAUCAAGCUGUCUGCAAGCGAGAAGGUCGCUCAGGCAUCCAAGCAAAGUCUUGUACAAGCACAGCAGCGUGCUGUCGAGUGGGAGAGGCGCGCGAAGGACGCCACGAACGAGCUGGAAACGACGCAGCAAAAGCUAGACAGCGCUGAGGAGGCUCGUGCACAGCUUGACGCGGAUUACUCGCUCGCAAAGUUGCAAUUGGAGGAGCGCGACGCUGAGGAGCGGCUAGACAAGGAUCGCCAGAACAAGCUGCGCGACCAGAUCGCUGCCCUCGAAGCACAGGUUGCGCGUCUCCAGGCUGAGACUGAUCAGGCUAACAAGGCCGCCGCAGCUGCUAAGGUCGUCCAGCCCAAGGCACGCUACCAGAACGGGAAUGGCAACGGUCGUCCUGCCGCACGUCCAGACUCCCGUGCUAGCACGGCCUACACCGAGAAGGACCGGUCAGUUACGCCUACCGCACAGUAUAUCAAGAGCGAGCCUCUGCGCCCUGUUACUCCGCAACAGUCGGUGUGGGACUCCAUCCAUGCUCCUCGGCGCGGUACAACGAUGGCACCUGCCACACCACAGGCGAAGAAGCCUCGUGGAUACUACCGUCCCCAGAUUCCGUCGCCAACACCGAGCAACGUGUCGGCCGCACCGACCCUGGGCGACGAUGGCUGGUGGUCAUAG